UAUACAUUUUGUAGUUUUCUACCAAAAAAAAAAAAUCUUAUUAUUAUUUAAUAAUAUUAAAUCUUAUUAAUCUUAAUUCUUUUCUCUUUUUCUUCUGAUCAUUCUGUGCGUUUGCCCUUAAAACGUGUUUGCAUCGUACAUUCAAUUGAUGCAUAAACCUAAUUACUAACUUGCAUUAUUAUUUGCGGUAAUUCUGCUUCCUAGUGUUAAUGAUACUGGUUUCCGUGCCGGGUGUUAAUUGUUAUAAUUACUUUUAAAAACUAAAUUAAAUAUGUUAUUAAAUAUUAGCAAGUUGACCUGCAAAAUAAAACCAUCAAUGAAUUAUAGAGUUUAUUCUAAGAAAAUAGAUGAAAUACUACCAAAAAACUUAUUAGAAGACAUCUAUACAGCAGCACAACAAAAGCAAUUGGGUGUAAUUUAUGAUAAAAGACCAUUUAAAAUUACACUAGAGAAAGACAAAAAGUAUAAUUGGUGUUCUUGCGGUAUGAGUCGACAACAGCCAUUCUGUGAUGGUACUCAUAAAAACCAAAAAUUACGAAUAACAAUGAAACCAGUUCAAGUUCAAGUAGCAGAAACCAAAGAAUAUUGGUUAUGUAAUUGUAAACAAACAUCUCAUCGACCAUUUUGUGAUGGCACACAUAGACAACAACACAUACAAGAUGCAAUCAAGAAAUAUUAAUUACUGGUUGCUUAGUAUUUUUUGUAUAUUUUACGAGAUAUAGUUUUUUUUUUUUGGGCACAUUAUUUUCAAGUGGAAAAAAUAGUUUUUCAAAGAAUUAUUUAAAAAAAAUUGUGCUAUUCUAAGACUA